CCGCGGCGAUGGAGGUUGGCGGCCGGGGUCGCCGCGGUGCAGGCCGGGAACGCUGGGCUCCGGCUCCGGGAGCGGAGAAACGCGGCCGCGUCGAGAGGCCGAGCGGGAUUUGCAGCUGAGGAGGAGGAGGCGCCCCCCCCCCACCCCCCGGGAGGGAACUUGGCAAAGAGAUGGCCCGGGCCACGGCGGGAAGGAGAAGGAAACGACCGGAAUGAGUGACUGGAGGGUUACGUAGGUCGACGACUGCCAUGCUCAUGGAGGCCACCGGCCAGCCCGCUGAGAUCGCCACUUCCAUUUCGGAACUGCAGGUGUUGGUAAUGGAGGAUUCACAGACAGGAAGCUCAGACCAAACGGCCCCUCCUGACUUGCCGGAGUUACUCGACGCGUCAGGAUCUGAACACCACUGGCCUUUGGACAUGGCAGUCGAAAGCUCCAUUCACCACGCGGACCAAGGGUUCAUGGGUUCCGAGUGCGGACCGGACUUCGGCCGGGCGUGCGGCCUGCUGAGGUACCAGCGCAGCCACACCCGGGAGAAACCGUGGAAGUGUGAGGACUGUGGGAAGAGGUUCCUGUACCCGUCCCACCUGGAGGCCCACCGCCGCAGCCACACCGACGAGAGGCCGUACAUCUGCUCCGUGUGCGGGAAGGGGUUCAAGCAGCUGUCCCACCUGCAGGAGCACCGGCGGGUUCACUCCGGCGAGCGGCCGUUCACCUGCUCCGUGUGCGGGAAGGGCUUCACGCAGUCGUCCAACCUGCUCAUACACCAGCGCGUUCACACCGGCGAGAAGCCGUUCACCUGCUCUCUGUGCGGGAAGGCGUUCACGCGGUCGGACAGCCUGAUGAUGCACCGCCGCAUUCACACCGGGGAGAGGCCGUUCAUCUGCUUUCGGUGCGGGAAGGGGUUCUCUCACUCGGGCGGUCUGCGGAAACACCAGCGAGUCCACAAGUGACUGCAGGAGCACGCUCUGCUGGUGUUGCACCUGAUAAUUGUAUCCAGGGUUGGACCAUGCUCACCGUCUGCAUUCAUUCUGGCGCUGUUCACAGCCCAUGGCUGGAGUUUAAUAUUCCUGACGGAUGCUGAAUAAAUCACCUCCAACUUUAACACCCAAAA